UGGGGGACAUGGCAGCCCGCCUGGGUCUGUCCAUCAACGACCCGGAGGAGACCAUCAGCUGCAAGGCCAGGGCGUGUAUGUAUUUGCUCGCUCAAAUCCUCCUUCAUCAGAGGGGUAAGGAGACCCAGCUGGAGUACAAGGCUCCGAUGCCAGCAGUUUCCCUCCAAAAGCCUGGUCCCAGGUGCUGGGCCAGACGCUUUGUCUCCAUCUGUCCAUUCCCAACCUGGGAACAACUCAGGGUGUCGGCGUUAAUGAUUUGGGCCUCUUCACCUCAGCGCCGAGCUGUGGUACUGCAGCCUGUGCUAAUGCACCCAUCCUGGGUGUCUCAUGCGGGAACCAGGGAGCCCAUCCCCAGGCCCCCAGCCCAGACUGGUCCCAGGACACGUGGUGUCCAUUGACUCCUGCAGAACAAUGACCUUCCUGCUGGGGCCCUGCCCUUCAUGGUGCCAGAAGGGCAGCCAGAGCCCCACUGGGUGGACAUUGAGCACCAAAGCUAGGAUGGCAGCUCAGAGCCAUGUGUCUCCACUUGUCCUAGGCCAAGACAUGCGAGGGGCAGAGGAGCUGUGGUGCAAGCGCCAGAACGAUCAGAGCCAGGUCCAGAAGUACAGGGACCUGGCGAGAGUGGGAGAGGGGCUGAGAAAGAUCUUGCUGGAGGAGCAAAGAAGAGCUUUCCUGCAGAGGGCCCUUCAUGCAGUUCGCAAUGGACCGAUGCACAUCAGCCAAGCUGGGCUGGUUUUCCUGUAUGCAAUCUUGGGGGAAGCCGGCCGCUUGAUGGGGCACAAGGAGAAAGAAAUCCCCAUCAGGGUCCUGAAUAAGCUCUUCAUUAUCACCUACCUGAAGGAGCUGCCUAAAGAUCUGCAAGGGCACAGCCUGCUGGUCACCUCCUCCAGCGCCAUCGCCUCUCUCCAGCCGCCCACACUUGCUCCUGCAGCAACACCUGCAGACCACCUCAACCCUGACAGCACCUCCAUGAGAGAAGAUGACCUCCCCAACCUCACCGGGAGCCCGAUGGCUACAGAGAAAAGCUGCAACAGCGCUGAAGCCACCACACACGUCACCGACUGACAAGUCAUCAUCCAGUCUGAGCCGUCCGCCACAGCCAAGUCAGCCUCUGCAAGAGGAGCAGCCUGAGAAACCCUCGUGGUGAAGAACUUGAAUAUCUUCCAGACCAGCUCUGCAAAGGGCUGGGGAAAGACCAGGCACCAUGAGUUUGUAGUGCCCAGGUUGCCAAGUGGAGGAUGCUCUUGUUGUGUGGAUGGCAUUUUGUGACCCCUGCCUCAGGGCUUUGGCCGGUCGCCAUUUGGGGCCAGGAAGGAUUUUUUUCCCCCUUCAUUUAUGGAACCAACUUCGGGGGGUUUUUCGCCUUCCUCUGAGGCAUCGGGACAUAAUCAGACCAUCCCGGUGUCUGUUGUGUUAGUAGCCUGUCCUUGAAUCCAUCGAGAGCCAUUCAGGGAGUGAAGAGAGCAAAGGCAUAAACCACGUGCACUGUUGAACAUAGAUUUAGUGUAAUGUGUCAUGUUGAACAUAGAUGCUAUAGAAACUAAGAGGAGAUGUAGGAUAAUAAAGUUAAGCUCAUGACAUG